AUGAUUCGCCGACAAUUUGUCCUGCUCGUUCUGUUCACAGUUAUCUUCCAAAUAUUUUUCGCGCGAACGAAUACUCUUUCAUUAAAUGAAGUCAAAUCCACUGAAUCACCAAUAAUAAGCAAUCCAGCGAAUAAAUGUGAGCCAGCAUCUAUCGACGAAUUCCCACCGUUAUUUUUCACUAAUGAUCAACGUCGCCGUGGUGGAGUUCUUGUACAUAUUCUUCUCAUUCUUUACUCAUUUGCAGCAAUCGAAAUCGUUUGUGAUGACUAUUUUGCUUCGGCACUAGAACGAAUCAGUUGCAAUUUUAACUUAACACCAGAUGUAGCAGGAGCGACUUUCAUGGCAUUGGCGACAUCAGCAUCAGAAUUUUUUACAUCCAUCGUUGGUGUCUUCUUUGUUAAGUCGGAUAUUGCUUUGGGCACAAUUCUCGGCUCAGCUGUAUUCAAUAUACUGUUUGUCAUUGCUCUCUGCGCACUUAUAUCGGCCAACGUGUGUCAAAUUGAUGCGUAUCCAAUUGUACGAGAUGCCGGCUUCUACUGCAUUGCUGUUGCUGUUCUAUUCGUAAUUAUCUUCGAUCAACGCGUUUAUUGGUUUGAAGCGCUCGCACUAGUCUUACUCUAUUUCGUCUAUGUUAUUAUCUUGAAAUUCAAUGAUCGUCUCUCGCGUCUUAUGCAUAGAAGCUCACCAAAUCAAAAGUCAAUAGGAACGAAUUCGAAUGAGGAACAUCAAGAGCAAUUGCAGUGGUUAAAUAAUACUGUUGAAUUAGAACAAAACUUAUCGGCACGCGCUCGGUCAGUGUCGGAAUCAGUCAUUAUGAAUGCAGGUACACAUGCAACCACGACAAUGGGCAACGAAAUAGAAGAUAUAAAACAUCAUGGCCCUUACAAACCAUGUAAAAAGCCGUUGAAUGAAACAGCAAACGAUCGAAAUAUAGUCUCUGAUGCAACUGAAAUCUUCGAUCCGUUGAAACUGCCAAGUAAACGAUACAAAAUCUUUAAAUGGGUUAUCAUGUACCCUGUUCGUUUGCUAAUGCACAUCACUAUACCCGACUGUCGAAAAGAAGUUUUUCACAAUUAUUAUAUGCUCACAUUCGUCAUGUCAACUAUUUGGGUUGCUGGCCUUGCUUAUCUUCUUGUGUGGCUUGUUGUCAUUGUUGGGUUUACUUUGAAUAUACGAGAUAAUAUUAUGGGUUUAACGUUAUUAGCAUUUGGCUCAUCGAUAGAAGAGAUCUUCUCUGCCAUUGUUAUGACGCGGCGUGGCCAUCCAGAAAUGGCCAUUGCAGGCUCGAUUGGCUCGAACGUCUUCGACAUUCUCAUGGGUUUAGGUAUCCCGUGGCUAUUUCGUAAUCUGAUGCGUUUUACUUAUCAACCACCAGCGAUUGAUGCCAUCGCCAUCAUAGGCGAUUCGUCUUUAACCGGUUAUCCUACGGGCUCGUCGGAUUCCGCUGAUGCGUCAGCUGCGCAUAUAUCAACAUCUAUGAAUGACAAUGGACCAUUUUAUGUUGAAAUUCAUUCUCGAGGUUUAGUUUAUUCAACGAUUGUUCUCUUCAGUGCACUUAUUACUUUUCUUCUUACAUUCUUUCUCAAUCGAUGUCGUCUAACAAAAUUCUAUGGGGUUUUUCUAAUCGUUGUUUGGUUGUCUGUCAUUACUGUCAUGUGCCUAUUCGAAUUGAAUUUCUUUAGCCUUGUUCAUUUUCCAGCAUGUCUGAGCAAGAGCAUAAGUUCUGUUUAG